AUGGUUGCCGUGAUUGUGGAUCACAGAGUAAGAGUAGCCGCUGUCGCUGCAGUUGCCGCUUUCUUGCUCGUCUUACUGGGAACAAACUUCAUGGAUGAAGUUGAUGGUGCUGAACUGGCUAGGAAGAGCAUGUCUGAACCAGUGAACUCUGCUUCUGGACUAGUUCCUGACCGCUUCCCCGCUGGAUUGGGCUAUACCGCACAAGCAGCAGAGGACCCUUUUACUGGGAAGCCACUUUUGAGAAGAGAUCCGAUUCAUCCUGGGAAGGUCAUACUAACGAGACUGGCGAAAUCGCGAAGGGAUGCUUACUAUGCAUGGUUGAGGCGUCAUCGCAAAAACCCUCUCUUCAACAGGUUCGUUCACAACAGCCAAGAAAGUCUCGGGUCUGCAUUCUCGAUCCAUUCGAUCUUACACGAUAUAUUUGGGACCCCGAAGAAGUGA